GUGGCCAUCAUGAAGUCCUCAUUGAUUCUGUGCAUUCUGGUAGUUGCCGGUCUGGCAUCGGCACAAGUUGAUGAGAAUGUUUUGGGUGGCGAAGUGGUAACGGAAGACUUGGUGGGAACUGAAGACUUGGACCAACUUGACGAGCCGCUGCUGAGCGAAGACGAGCUUCGUUUAUUUGAACUCGAACGAAUCAAGUCCAGAAACAACCCUGAAGAAAACCCAGAUCUGUACCAAGGCGACAUUCGGCUCACGGAUGAGCAGAAGAAAGCUCUACAGGAGCGGAAAGUCAUCGUCACCUCCGCAAAUUGGUGGCCGGCGUCUGCCGACGGCUACGUCUAUGUCAACUAUCGUUUUGCUCCGCCGUCCAUAAACAGGACAAUGGUGCUACAGGCAAUAAACGCUUGGCAGGCCAACACAUGCAUCAGGUUCACAGAAAUUUCGGCGGCUAAUGGCAAACCUCAUCUCAUCUUCCAAGACAACAACUCUGGCUGCAACAGCAACGUCGGCAUGGUCUACCCGAAUGGCCAAGCCGUGAAUCUCGGAACAGGAUGUUUGACGCUG